CUUACACACUCGCAUCCCUCUCUCUCUCUGCACUGCUAGCCUCUCUUUCUCCAAACUGUCUAAGUGCGUCUCUGCGCUCUAAAAAGACGACAGGGGCUCUUCUCAAACUUUACCAAAAGACUGAGACUUUGACUUUCUUUAUUCUGUCUGUGUGCGGUGCGCCUCUCAUCACCCGGCCGGCGCACUCAUUCAUUCUGUCCUGACAACUUUCCUCCUCGCUCUGACUGAAGGGUGCCAAGAAGAAUCCGGAGCACGUGACACUUUCCGGAGUUCAAUUUAUUUAUUAAUUUUUCCUAUUUAUUUAUUUAUUUGUCUCCGCCAGUCUGCUGGUUUACCUGUCCCUUGGACCCGAACCAAUAUGAAAUUACUGCUCGACUCCUCCUCGUCGCUGCUCUUCUCGCUGCUAUUGGCCCAGCUGCCCGUGUUCGCGUCUGCGUCCCCGGUCCCGCAGCGGCGCGCCGGAGACCUGGACAAACUCACCAAUCAGACCCGAAAUCUGAUGAGGCUGGCGCAAGAACUGCUGAGAGAGCAUGCGUUUGACUCAGAUGUGGAGUCCCACAGGUUCAGGUCUCUGCCGGAAAUGAGCAACAGAUCAGCCAAUGACCUUAACAAUCUUGAGCUGAAGCCCACGCUCUCUAAGCUCCAUGCUGACCUGAAGCUGUACGAGCACCAUUUUGAGUGGCUGAAUAUGGUUUCAAAGAAGCACCACAACCCUGCAGUGCCCAAGCUCAAGGAGAUGAUCAGAGAAAUGAAAUCACUCAUCAGUCUACUGCACCGUCAGAUGCAGAGAGUUGAAGCGCCAAGGCUGACACCAGCAACUCCCUCACUCCCCCCUCAGCUCCCACAUCACUUUGACGUCCUGCAGUCAAGCCACGAGCUUCUCCAACACUUCAAGCUCUUCUGUGAUUGGGCCUAUAGAGCGUUCAUCAGCCUAAAGCCCAAAGCUUCUGCUGCGCAAUGAUGAUCGACAAGAUGAAUGGCUGCAGAGCCAGUGAGGAUACAUGGAGUUCUGUCUCGGUCAAAGAGGCAGCAGGACCAUGUCAGUCUGCACUGUAGUCAAUAGCAUCCCUAAAGAGGCCCAAAUGUCAACAUCUAUGGUAUGUGUGUUGAAGAAUGUGUCUAUCCGUGAGAGCCAACGAGGAUGUGGCACACUGCAGCAAGUUACAACCAUCAAUACCGUUAAAGCAAACUGUCAGUCAUAAAAAUCAUGUCAUGAACCGCCAAGUCUUUCUUCUAACGGCUUUGUUCAUGACCUUGUUAUUUAUGUAUUUAUUUAUUUAUUGACUGUUAGUAAUUUAUUUAAUUUUAUUUAUUUGAAGUUGUAAUGAGUCAUUCUUGCCUUUAUUUCCUAACUAACGUGAAUUUACAGUGAGUUUUACAUGCCAAAAUGUUUGUAAUCUGUCUUUUUCUCUUUUGUUUCACUUAUCCUCCAAAACGAAAUGAUAAACAACAGUAGCACUUCUUCAUCCUGCAGAUCUGAUUAUUGCUUUUUUUUUUUUUCAACUAACAGAAUUUACUUCACAUUUACGUAUUUAUUCAGCCAAUAAUUCUUCCAGGAGAUGUAGCAUCCGGGACAGCCAAGGUUUUCACAAUCUCUCCCUUAGAGUGCCCUUAAAGUAAACAUUGUUCUUACGUUGUCUCUAAACAUGCAAACCAUGCAACAUAAUGACUUAUCAAGCAAAGCCUUAUUAUUUUUUUUGCAUCCAUUUAUGAAUGAAACAAAAAAGAGGUGAAUACAUUCUUUUGUACCACAUAUAAGGUUUCUAUUUUCAAUCUUGAUUCCUUGUGUCCUGCAUGAGGAGGUAUACUUAUGAUUGUGGUAAAGUUGUAUGAAUGUGCCCUGUUGCUGAGCACUGAUGGUCCUGAUUAGAUUCUUUGCACAAACUUGUUAGGAUUAGCCUUUUGGAAGAGUGAGAUGGCUGAUUUUGAACCUGUGCUUUGGGCUAGGAAAGUUUGUUAUUUUUAGUUAAACACCCAAAGCCUUAAAAUACUAUGUAUUGUGACACUAUCUUCUGUACAGGUGUACAUAAAUGUACAAGAAUGUAAAUUGUUGUAUACAGUCCUUUUGUGUAUUAUGCUGUUUUCUACAAUAUAAUGUAGAUUACUUUACUAAUUUUAUCACUAUAAUUUUUAUUCAUUUCUAUUCUAGUAUUUGUAACAGUAUUGACUAUUUAUUUAAGUAACUUGGUGGAACUAUUUAUUUUGUGCUGCAGUGGAGCAAGUCUCCUUUCCUUUUGUACUUUUAUACAGUUUUUAUUCUUAUUCGCUUUUAUUGUAGCAUCAUAUUUAAAUUAUUUCUGUAACAUCAAGAUGCCUCCUCCACACACACUGAUUGGCCUCAAUGUGAAACAUGUGCCUUGGUGAAAUAAAUGCUAAAGAAUGUGCACAAUGGGUUUGAGUAUCUUUCAUCUAUCCCGGGCUGUGAUGGCAUUGAGAUGCAAACACAACAUUGGACAA